AUGGCUGGCUCGGUGUAUCCCGUGACAUCACAGACGGAGCUCGUCUCCUCGAGCAACGUUUCUCGCCGCAAGCCGGCGACAAACGCGCCGAUCUGGUAUUUUGUCUAUAACUCCCUCAUCAUUGCUUUGGUUAUUUCAGCCAUAACAUUCUGGUUUCGUGCCACUCAAAGUCCCCUUCUAUACUCAUUCGAGUUCGGUCAGUGGCUGCUAGACCACCCGAAGACCGGCACCAUCAUCUGGACAGCAUGCGGAACUGUUGCAGCAGCUGUGCUGGUGGUUCUCCUCAAAAGUGUUCUAUUCUUGAUGGUCAGACAGAGCUCGCGUGUGGGGGCGACUCUCUCUACGAUUGAAGUGUGGAACAAGUGCGCGAAUCAGCAACCCCUUCUUGAUGUCAAGCGUCCUUGGCUCUCCGGGUUCACAGCUAUCAACUGGUUCGUCGCAUUGACCUUGACAACGGCCUUCACCACUCUCAUUACUCCGACCAGAGUCCUAGUCAGCGAGUCUCUCCUCGGCAACGAACUCGACUUCACCUCUCCAGAGUUCUGGACUUGGUAUAACACUUGGAAUGCUACUACGGGCAGGCCGGUGAGGAAGGUUUUUGGCUGUACCCGAUACACCUACACCUCACCCACAGGUUCCCUCACCUUCCCGACAUGCCCUAUUGCAAACGACCCCGUGGCUUGCAUUUCUGCGGGAGUAGCCGCCGCCCAGGAAUCGUUUGGUGCUCGAAACGCCUCCGUCAGGGUCAUCGACAGCUUGUUCAAGGGCUCAACCGGCGGUGUGCUUCCACUCGGCUUCGGCGGUAUUCCGGCGUUCAACAACGUCAAGUUCGGAACCUGGGAUCAAUCCACAGAAUAUCCUCAGUACAACUACUCUCUGACGCAACAGGGUCUUUCUGCAGACAUAUCCUGUCACGAGACGCCGGACACACCAAUCCAGACGGACGUCCUGCAGACCAUGAACGUCACUAACUCGGCGGCAGGCGGGAAGAUGCAACUCGUCAAUUUCUUCAUCGAAAACGACUACUGCUACUCUUCACAAACAUGGGUCGUGCCAUUGCUCGGAAUCGUGGCACCUGCACUAUGCCAGCCGAACAAGAAGGUCAAAAAGUACGAGUUCUAUCUAGCCCCAUUCCGUCAGUACAGUCACCUCCCAAACAUGACCUGUUCAAUUGAACCGGUUAUCACCAAGAACCUCGUCUCCUACUCAACUUCUACCGGCCUCUUCGCGUCAACUAUCAUGGAGAGAAUGGGCAGUUCCUCUGUGCCCAACGAAACUGCAGACGCAGUCUCCGCACUUUUCAUGAUCUCUAUCACUAGCUGGGGGAGUGGCCUUAUCGAGUCAUUGCUAAGCUUGAACACGACCGGCGAUGGCUCCGGCAACUUCUCUUACCCAGCAGCAGUCGAAGCCGCUUUGAGAGGAAUCGUUGAGUAUGAAGGCACCAACCUGCGCAUCUACUACUCAGCCAAUGAAGCAGCCGGGCGGAGCACCGUGAACGGGACGUACAACGUUCUCCGUGUUGGGUAUCACCAAACCCAGCCCACAGCGUUGUUGAUUUUACUUCCGCUGCUUUUAUAUGUGGUAAUUGUGGCCUGGUCGUAUACCUGGGUAGGGCUAAGGACUGGGUUACACAUCGAAGAUGGCUUCAACCCCACGGACAGCACUUCACUCGUCACUGCUGCAGCGGCGGGCGCUGAAAGUGGUAAGCUUGGAUUCGAGGGAAUGUCAUCAGGGAACCACAAGGUUCAGGAAGAGAUCAUGUUCAAGCUCGUGCAUUCGCUGUCUCAACGUAUCAAUGAUCCCGUGACGGCCCUUGUCUAUCGGCUCGGAUCUCGGACCGAUGGAUCCAAAGGGGCCGGUCCCGUGAGUGACGAGAUCUCAGAUAAGAACCCCUGA